AUGUCCCUACCCGCUCCAAAACGAGCCUGUGAUCAAUGUCACACAUUGAAAGAAAAAUGCCGACGAUCGAGUGCAACAACGUCAUGCGAGCGAUGUGAUAGACUAAGCCAAACCUGCAAAACAACGCGAAACCUUGCAAAACUCGGACGAAAACCACAUAUCGCAAGAAAACUAUCCUAUAAUCUUCCAACCUCCAAAUUCAGCUUGGCCACCUGUAACACAAAGAAACUCGACCUAUCUUCAUCCCAAAACAACAAGCCCUAUCCCUAUGUCUACCUCCCAUUCGACGAAGGCCUAUUUAGCAACCCAGCCCUAUUCCCAGAACUAGACAAGUGGGAGAGAUACUUCAUAAAUCUUAUGAAAGACCCGGGCGCACCAUCCCCGCUAGACAAAUUCCUAAUCGGACCAAGCUUCCACGAGUCGCACCACCGUUUCUUUGUGCAGAACCUUCUCCGAGCACCUACGUCUAUAUUAAAAGACGCCACAGUCGCCUGUGCCGCAGUACUCCUUGGCGCCCAAUAUGCGCAGUACACGAAAACAAGCGUCGAAGUCGGGUAUCGACGAGCUGCACUGGCUGUUUCGGGACUGCGGUCGUUGCAGAUAUGUAAAGAGCAGGAUUUGGUUACUGCACUCAUUCUCGGCGUGGGUAUAGUGACCUUCGCUAUGCAUGUUGUUGAUGGACAGCCGUUUCUUAUAUCGCGUUAUACUUUGGCGCUUGUUAAGCCGGUUUAUCACACUCUUUUGACAAUGGAUCCUAGUAUUUUGGAUUUGUUGAUGUGUUUGGUUACUGAGGAGACUUUUGAAUGUCUGAUUCGGUCGGAGACGCCGACUAUUCGAAUCGGUGAACGUGAUCGUUGCGAUGUUGUUGAUCGGUUCAUUGGGAUUAGCUCGUCACUUUUUGGUCUCUUAUAUGAUCUUUGCGAUGCUAGUCAUUCGAUGAGAGUUACUGGUGGGAGAAUGGAUAUUGAGAUGGUUGAACGAUUGGACGCCAUACAAGAUUCCCUGGAGCGAUGGAAACCUUCGCCACCACCUGACUUUAUUGAAAGAUUUACCCAGUCUGAGGUGGUUGGAAUGCUCACUCAGGCUAAGGUCCUCCGUCUUGCCGCUUGUCUUAUUAUACAUCGGUUGCGCUAUCCCUAUGGGCAGCGCGACAAGGAAGCGUUGCGACUAUCUCGUGCAAUUAUGGCGGAGAUCGAUAUGGUCUUGAAAUCGGCAGGGCGUUCAAUACCAUGUAUGACAUUUCCCUAUACGGUUGCAUGCUUCGAGGUCACUGAGAUCAAACCGCGAGCAGCAGUCGUUGAUAAGAUUCCGGUAGUUGUGAUUUUCUCCAGGCAAUUGCAGCUUCAAGUUAGGCGCUCCCUGUCUUCGGUGUGGGGCGGGAGGGAUGACGGAGACCAGAUCUACUGGUUCGAUAUAGGUAAUUACAUAUACAAGACGCCUUCCACAUGGACAGACGUAUAA